AUGUGGGGAUUUAGUAAUUUUAAUAAUUUAUGGCCAAGGGAUUUUUUGAAUGUAUCUGAACCAUUCCAAGAAGAAUAUACAUGUUAUCCUGUAUCAUUUAUAGGGAAAGAUGAUAUGGAAAAUGGAAAUAAAAUUAUACUUCCGCAGACGGCCUUAAAUGCUUUGGCAAGAAGACACAUAUCCUGGCCCAUGUUAUUUGAAGUUUCGAAUCCAUACACGGAUAAAAGAACACAUAGUGGGGUUUUGGAAUUUAUUUCUGAUGAAGGUACCUGUCACAUGCCAUAUUGGAUGAUGCAACAAUUAAAUUUAAAGGAAGGUGAUAUUGUAAGGGUUACAAGUGUUAGUUUACCUAAAGGGACAUUUGUAAAGCUCAAGCCAUGUUCUAAAGAUUUUAUGGAAUUAUCUAAUCAUAGGGCUGUUCUUGAAACCGCUUUAAGAAAUUACGCUACAUUAACUAUUGGAGAUAAUAUUGUAAUCCAUUAUUUGGGAAAAACUUAUGAAAUUAAAAUAGUGGAUUUAAAACCUGCAUUCGCUUGUACAAUUAUUGAAACAGAUGUGGAGGUGGAGUUCGAAGAACCAAUAGAUCACAGUGCAGCUGUACAAUAUGUUACCGAAGUUGUUCCAGAGGAAGAAAAUAAAUUUAAAGGCAAAGGUCAAAGAACUGAUGGGAAAAGUUGUCAUAAAGCUUUGAAAAAAGAAAUAAUAAAACCUAAGGUUGUUGAAAAUCUUGAACCUUGGAAAGAUAAAUUAGCUGGGGGAAUUAGAACGAAAUGUACUGAAUAUGAAGAUUUGUUGAAAAAAGGUCGUAUUCCUGGUAUUGUUGGAAAAUUCACAGAACGAAAAAAUUAA